UCCUUCCAAAUCAAAAGCAUUAUAAAAUCCUCGCUCUCCCACCAAAACCAGAGGAGAGCCAGGAACAAAGUACACUCUCCAAACCCUUCUGUCUCUUCAGCCUGAAACCCAAAUAACCAUGACGGAAGUGAGAUCCCGCCGAUGUCACAAACCGUAAACCUCAACAAUUCCGAGCCCCUCUUUCACACAAUUCUCAGGUAACGCACAUCGACAUCGUAACAGCAAAAUUGCGCCAUGAAGUUCUUGUUGGAGUUUGUCCCGUGCUGCGGGGCCACUCGCCCCACAACAUCCAACAGCGAGCCCGCUCCGCUCUCAGAGGAGACGAGAUCGCUGGUGAGGGCGCCCAGCCGAAUACUACGCCGCAGAAGAAAGCGCGGGAGCUCUGUAAAUUCGUCCGAUUGGACGCCGUCGCUGAGCUCAAUUUCCGAGGAUAACGUUGCUGCGAAGGUGGUGGAUCGAACAGCUGCGAUUGAGAGAGCCGUGAAAAGGAAGAGCGGUCAGGAUCGAACAAGAGUUCAGGUCCGCAGCCACGGCGAAGAUUACGGGGAAGCUUCAUUUGCGAUUCCGGCGUUCUCUCCGACGCCUUUUAUGUUUUGAAAUCAUGGGAUGAAACUUGCAUUAACAGACGGUUAUUCACGUUCGAAACUGGGUUGGGAUCAUGAAGCGAGUGUGUGUGUGUAUAUAUGAAAUUAGGAAAAUAUAUAACAAUUAAAGAGCCUUCUUGUAUUGUACCAUUGUACUCGAAUAGUGCAUUUGUAUAUUUUCCAUUUAUUUAUUCAGAUUUCCCUAUUGUUCAUCCAA